GUCUUCCGAUUGAUUAGCAAAAGGGAUCGCAAGUCAUGAAGUUUUCAUUGGUAUUCGUGUUGUUGUUUGUGGUCUAUAGGGUGGGCGCAGACCUACCGGCGGCCGCCAAGAAGAGGUGCGAAGAGUACACAUCGAUCUUCGAGAACGACACCAUUGAACUGCAAUACGCCUAUUGCGAGGACAUCCACGACGGCCGGGGCUAUACGUCAGGUCGCGCCGGCUUCUGCACGGGAACGGGAGAUGCGGUGGUUGUGGUGCGUAAGUACACCGCCAAGAAGAAGGACAACCCGCUCGCAAAAUUCCUGCCGGAGUUGGAGAAGUUGGCCAAAUCGGGCAGUGGGGACACCAAAAACCUCAAGGGAUAUGUCGAAGCCUGGAAAGAGGCCGCCAAAGACUCGGUCUUCCGUCAGGUCCAGGACGAGGUCAGCGAUGAGAUGUACUACAGGCCAGCAAUGGACCAUGCUAAGACAUACGGCGUAAAGUUAGCGCUGGCUGAGUGCGCUCUGUAUGACUGCAUUAUACAACACGGAGACGGAGACGACGGCGACUCAAUCAACGCCAUCCUCAAGAAGACGGGACACGUGUCCGGAGACGAGAAGGCGUGGCUCACGAAGUUCCUCAAGAACAGAAGGGCUGAUCUUAUGGACCCCGAGAAUCCCGAAACCAGAGAUGAGUGGAGACAAUCGGUGGACAGAGUGGAUGCGAUGGUGACGAUCCUGAACGCCGGCAAUACGGAUAUGCACGGACCCAUCCAUGUGAAAACACCCAACCAUGAUGCCACCAUCCCGUAA